AUGUCCCCGACUCGUCCACAGAUCGAGUAUGUCCUGUUUGACAUGGAUGGCCUCAUGAUCGACUCGGAGAAGGUCUACACGGACGUGACCAAUGAGAUCCUCGCGCCGUACGGCAAGGAGAUGACCUGGGACAUCAAGGCAGGACUAAUGGGAAAGCCCGAACGCGCCGCUGCAGAACAUCUUCUCGCCUCGUUUCCUGGCAUCGACAUCACCAUUGACGAUUAUAUCGCGAAGCGUACAGAACUCCAAGACAAAAAAUGGCCUCAUGUCGCGCUUCUACCAGGUGUCGAGCGCCUUGUCAAGCACUUGCACGCACACAACGUCCCGACCGCGAUUGCGACGGGCUCCCAGCGAAGGAACUUCGAGAUGAAGACAGGCCACUUGCAAGAGGUCUUCGGGCUCUUUGGGGAGCGCGUUAUAUGCGGGGACGACUCAUGGAUAAAGCGCGACGGCGGCAAGGGCAAGCCGGCGCCGGACGUGUUCCUCGUUGCGGCGCGCGCACUCGGGCGCAAGGUUGGCGAAAAGGGUCCGGCAGGCGAAAUCGAGGGCGUUCUCGUGCCCGACGCGGAGGCGGCGGAGCGCGCAAAGGGACUCAUUUUCGAAGACGCUUUGCCCGGCGUUCGGGCUGGGAAACGAGCCGGGAUGAACGUGGUCUGGGUUCCCGAUGCCAAUCUACUAGAAGUUGACGACAAAGGCCAGGAGAAGCCAGAUCUGAUUUUACGCUCGCUGGAUGAUUUCAAGCCGGAAGAAUGGGGACUGCCGGCGUACGACAACCUGUAA